AUGAGGGAUGAAAUUUUUGAAGAACUUGAUGUGGAAGGAACAGAAUUCGAUCAAGAGAGUAUUAAGAAGAAAAAGAUUGAGGAAGAAAAAGGAAGGAGAGGAAAAGAAAAAAUUGAAAGUAAAGAUGUAAGUGUUUUAGAAGAAGAAGAAGGAGAAGGAAGUGCUAGUAAGAUUGUGGAGUUGAAGGAAGGAAGAGCUCUGGAAGGAAAGGAGGGAAAGGAAGAAGGAAUAGAAAUGAUUGUAGAGAAGAAAAGAUUUUUAAGAGAGAAAAACGAAAUUUCAGAGGAGAUCGAGAAAGGAAGAUUUAUGGAAGAGGAAAAGGUUGAAGGUAGUAACUUCGAAGGUAAGAUAGGACAAGUUAUGGAUGUGCUAGGGAAGAGAGGAUUUAUAGGAGAAAAGGAUAAAGGAGGAAGGUUGGAGGAAGGAAAAGUUUUAACGAAAGAGGAAGAAUCUUUCAAGGUGGAAGAUAAAGAAGUGGUUGUAGGAGGUGUAGAAAGCAAAAUAAAAGUUGAAGGAAAAGGAAGAAAUAUGAAAAAUAAAGAAGGUGUAAUGAAAGAGAAAGGAAGAGUAAUGGAGAAGGAGGAGGGAAGAAUUGAAGAAGAAGAAAAGGGAGGAGUGAAAAAGGAAAAGAACGAAAGAGUGAAAGAGGAAGAGGAAGAAAAAGCGAAUGGGGGUAUCAAGAAAGAUGAAGAAGAGAGAAAAAUGAAAGCAAAAGGAAGAGUGAUUGAAGAUAAAUUAGGUCGACUACAAACUGAAGGGGCGACAUUACAAAAUAGAAAAAUUAUACAUUCUCGUACACUAUUAAAAUCAUUAUCUUCCAAAAAUGAUAUCAAACUUGAAGAAAAAAAGGGUAAAACUAAGCACAAGAUAAAGGAAGACAAUACAAGUAUUGAAGCAACAUCAUCACUCUCAUCCAGUUCUGAUCAGAAUUUUAAUUUUGAUUUGUUUACCAACCCAAGUGUUUUAUUAAAUACAAUUUUUAAUUCAAAUGAAGCUUUUGAAGAUAAAAAUAUAUUAGAUGUGAUAAUUGAGAAUUUAGUCGUAAAAUAUUUUAAUGAAAAAGAAAAUAAUAUUAUUAAAUUAAUUGAUAUUGUAAUUUUAAGAAACAAUAUUUUGGAAGCAUUAAAAAUCGUUGAGGCUAAAAGUAGAAAUGAAGCAAAACAUGAAGAAAAUGAAACAAACUUGAAAACUCUAACAGAAACAAGUUUUAACCAAACAACUUUUAAUCAAACAAACAAGUUUUACAAUAAAAUGAGAGAAAGUUGGUCAAGUUUUACAAAACAAGUUUUAACAAACUUAACGACAGAAACAAUUAAUAUUGAUGUUUUGUUGAAUAAAAUGUUUAAUGUUCAUAGAUUUUUAUGUUUUGGAAUGUUUUACAAACUUAAUAAUAAAUUUGUAAAAAAUUUUGAGAGAAUUUUACAGCAACAAACAAGUUUAGAAAGGCCAAACAAACAAAAUAUUGCUAAUAAUGUUAAAAAUGUUUUGUUAAUAAAACAACUUCGUUUGAAAACAAUUUCUAUGUUUUUGGCUAAAAAUGCAUACAAAGUAGUUUCUCAAAACAAAAAUUACUUAAUAUUCGAAAGGGGAAGAUUUUUGAGAUUUUUUGAAAUCUUUGUGGAUGAAAAUGGAAUUGUAAAUUUAGAAUUUUUUGAACAAAUAGAAAAUUUGGCUAAGGAAAGAAUUGAUGAAAAUAAUAAUAAAAUGUUGAAUUUUGAUGAAAAUAAGGAAGAAAUGUACUUGAAAAAAUUUGUAAAAAAAUUUUUAAAUAAAAUCGAAAGGCAAAUGGAUUCAAUUAAGCAAGAAAAGCUAGGUAGAUAAUUACA